CCGUCGCAGGCCCACAGUGCUGCGGCCAGACAUCGCCGCGUGGGCAUAUGCCGCGGCGCUCCUGCCGCCAUGCAGCUGCCGCCGCCGCCCUCGGACGACGGCAAUCCCAUGCUCGCACACUUGAGGAAACCAAUCAGACAAUACGAAGGAGGCUGGGCUGACACAGUCACGCGCGACGGCAAGAAGGCACCGGAGCGCUUUGGCACGGGCCCAACGCCGGACGUUGAGGAUGACCCGGACGACAACUGGGCUUUCUCGAUGAAGCAGGCGGCCGCCGCGCCGCCGUCCGGCCCGCCAGCUGUGCAGUACGAUGCCGGGCUGAAGACAGAUGCGCACGGCAACUUCGAAGGCCACACUGCCGCCGGAGACAAGGUUGUGACCGACGGCAACGUCAAGAACUACCGCAGAGCAUCGGACCGGCUCAAAGAGGUCGGGAGGAGGCGCGAGGAGGCGACCUCAUCUCGGCUGGUCUGAUCUCGGCUGAUCUGGUGGGUAGGCGGACGUCGAGAGGAGGCUCGAGGAGGAGGAGAUCUUUGCGCGCGAGAACGCGGCGCAGCUGGCGCGCGAGGCGAAGGAGCGCGAGACUGCCCUGAUGCGGCAGAUCCCCGACGACGUCGCGGCGGGCACCGUCGACGACUUCAUGUACAAGGAGGGCGUCAAGGACAUCCUCGAGAAGCUCGACUACGACCUGAUCGGCCUGAAGCCGGUCAAGCAGCGCGUGCGCGAGAUCGCGUCGCUGCUGGUUGUGGACAAGAUGCGGCUCAAGCUGGGGCUCGAGACGUCGGUCCCGUCGCUGCACAUGGGCUUCACCGGCGCGCCCGGCACCGGCAAGACGACGGUCGCGCUGCGCAUGGGCCAGAUCCUGCAGCGGAUGGGCUACUGCCGCACGGGGCACGUGGUCGUCGCGACGCGCGACGACCUGGUGGGGCAGUACGUGGGCCACACGGCGCCAAAGACCAAGGAGAUGGUCAAAAAGGCGAUGGGCGGCAUUCUGCUCGUCGACGAGGCGUACUACCUGUACAACGCCGCAAACGACCGCGACUACGGGCAAGAGUCGGUCGAGAUUUUGCUCAACGUGAUGGAGAACAACAAGGAGGACAUCAUCGUCGUGCUCGCCGGGUACAAGGACAAGAUGGACGCCUUUUACGGCUUCAUCCCCGGCAUGGCCUCGCGCAUCGGCAACCACAUCGAGUUCCCAGACUACGAGGACGAGGAGCUCGUCGAGAUUGGAAAGGUGCUGCGCCGCGAGCUCGAAUACAAGCUCGGCCCUGGCGCGGAGCCGGCGCUCAAGGACUACCUCUCCAAGCGCAAGCGCAUGCCCUUCUUUGCCAACGCGCGCACGGUGCGCAACGCGAUCGACCUCGCGCGCAUGGGCUCCGCCAUCCGCGUCUUCGAGGAGAAGAUGUCUCCCUCGUCCAACGGGAUGGUGUCGGAGGACGAGCUGAUGACUAUCAUGCCCGACGACUUCCCCGCGCCCGAGGACGGGCUCACCGGCAUCGAGUCCUAGGCGCGCCGAAGACGGGCGUCCGCUGUGGCGCCCUGGCUGGCCGGCAGGGCCCGCCAGAGAUACACCGUAGCCGAUAACCCAUGUAGAGAGCUGAGAAGGGACGAGGACGGAGCCCCGCGGGGGAGAGCAGAAGCAGGAAUGCAGGCGUUUGGAGGCGAUGCAGUGGAAGCUGCCGCGCACGGAUCGAA